AUGGUCCUCAGAGAUUCCCACGCAAAAGCAAUGUCAAAGCCCAUCAUUAAGAAAAGGCGCCGUGAUCGGAUUAACAGCAGCAUCAACCAGCUCAAGACUUUACUGGGAAGGGAAUUCCAAACGGAGGAGCCCAAUAUGAAGCUGGAGAAGGCUGACAUUCUGAAAAUGACCGUGAAUUACCUGAAGUAUCACAGCCAACAGCUCCGAGCAAGCGGCCCGGCCAACACUCCGGAGCGUGACUAUAACGAAGGAUACUCUCGCUGUUUGCAAGAGGCCCUGCGCUUUUUCUCUGCCCAACAAGACAAGAGCGACAUUCAGAAGAAGUUGGUGACACGUUUCCAAAGAAGACAGCCACCGUGUCCGGCCAAGGCCUCCGUGACUUAUCCAGUCUGUCUUCUGUCCCCUGCUCCCUGUCAGAGCGGCAGCGAGCGGGCAGCUCAGUGUAGCCAGGCAGCCCUUUGGAGACCCUGGUAA